CGCUUUGCAACAGCGGUAAAGUGUGUCGCGGCCGGGCCGUUGCUAGGGAUGUCGUGGAGCGGGGUCCGUUCCGGCCUCGACUUACUUCGGCGGCUGCCGCGGGUCUCACUCGCCAAUCUCCGGCCCAACCCCGGUGCCAAGAAAAAGGAAAAGAGACGUGGCCGGGGCAUGCAUGGAGGGAAAAAAAGUGGCCGAGGGCACAAAGGCCAGACGCAACGUGGAAACCGCCCACGAUUGGGAUUUGAAGGCGGUCAAACUCCAUUUUAUAUUGUUAUUCCAAAAUAUGGAUACAACCAGGGACACAGUUAUCGGCGGCAAUACCAGCCAUUAAGUUUGAAUCGACUUCAGUAUUUGAUAGAUCUGGGUAGAGUGGAUCCAUGUGAACCUAUUGACCUGACCCAGUUGGUGAAUGCAAGAGGAAUUACCAUCCAGCCAUUGAAACGAGACUAUGGAAUCCAGCUAGUCGAGGAGGGUGCUGAUAACUUUGCAGCAAAAAUAAACAUUGAAGUCCAGUGGGCAUCAGAGCUUGCAAUAGCUGCAAUUGAAAGGAAUGGUGGAACUAUAAUUACUGGAUUCUAUGAUCCACGAAGUUUAGAUGUUUUGUGCAAACCAGUUCCUUUUUUCCUAAGAGGACAACCCAUUCCAAAACGUAUGCUCCCACCUGAAGAACUAGUUCCUUACUAUAUGGAUGCUCAAAAUCGUGGCUAUUUAGCAGAUCCAGCAAAGGUUCAAAAGGAACGAUUAAUACUUGCCAAGAAAUAUGGAUACAUUUUGCCGGAUAUAAGCAAGGAUGUGAUGUAUAGCAUGUUAACAAUGCGCAAGGAUCCCUUGCAAAUUUUCUUUGGUCUUGCUCCUGGCUGGGUGGUGAACCUCCCUGAAAAGAAAAUUUUAAAACCAAGCGAUGAAGAGCUAUGUCGUUACUAUAGGGAUGAACUGUGAGUAAUGAGGUAAUUGUAACUAGAAAUAUCUGCUGAUUUCUCAUCUGUGUAUACUUGAAAAUUGUAUUAAAAAUGAUUUGUUAUCUA